GCGGGGCCAACGAACCCACGUGAUGCGGAAAUUUUCCCAUGCAACCUUUUUCUUUUUUUUCUCCUCCAUCCGCAUCAUGAUCUUUGAAUCCAGGUCUGUUCUUUGCAGAAUUAACCGGGAUUAUUUCGAAAGACUGUUCGGGUUUCUGCUAUUGGGGGCCCUCUCCUCACACCCCCCCUCUGAUUUGGUGUUUGAAGCUCCAACAACAGUGAGGAAACUGAAGGUCAUUUAUUUACCCAUCAGCUGGAUGACUGUCAACAACAUCCUCACGUGAAAAAACAUCCUCAAAGAACAUUAAAAAAACAGAAAAGAAAAAAAUCAGGCACUAUUGCCCAACACAACAGCUCCUGCUUUCCUGAUCCAUCCCCUCCGUUUACUGCUCCUGACCCCGCCUCCUGUCCUGUCAGCUGCAGGUUGACCAUUAACCUCACACACUGAUUGCAAACACUUCUCCUUUUGGCAGCCGUUGCUGCACAGCCGGAUCCCAAAGCAAAGUUCAGUGUCAGAGGAAGAGCCGGAGGCUGCAGCCAUGGCGAAAGCGAGCUAUGGAUACUACAGAAGCACCAUAUUUCUUGCCAUGUUUGUGGGCUACACGCUCUACUACUUCAACAGAAAGACGUUCUCCUUUGUGAUGCCUUCUGUGAUGCAAGAAGUUAAGCUGGAUAAGGAUGAUUUGGGCAUGAUCACCAGCAGUCAGUCUUUGGCCUACGCUAUCAGCAAGUUCAUCAGCGGCGUGCUUUCAGACCAGAUCAGCUCUCGCUGGCUCUUCUCUAUUGGUCUGUUCAUGGUGGGGGGUAUCAACGUGGUCUUCUCCUGGUCCUCCACUGUGGCCGUCUUCUCCACCCUGUGGUUCUUCAACGGCCUGGGUCAGGGUUUGGGAUGGCCUCCCUGUGGGCGGGUUCUGCGCAAGUGGUUCGAGCCCUCCCAGUUCGGGACGUGGUGGGCCAUCCUCUCCUGCAGCAUGAAUCUGGCCGGCAGCUUGGGCCCGAUUAUCGCCACGGUGCUGGCGGAGAGCUUCAGCUGGAGGGCCAUCCUGUCCACCUCUGGGAUGACCUGCGUGGCCUUCUCCGUCGUGUGCCUGCUGGUCAUCAAGAACGAGCCGAAGGACGUCGGGCUGCCGAACAUCGAGGCAGCAGCCAAGAAGAGCAAAGGAGGCUCGUCCAGCGAUGAAAGCACCCUGUCGGAGUUCCUGCUGUCUCCGUACCUCUGGCUGCUCUCCGUAUCCUACCUGAUUGUGUUUGGGGUGAAGACGGCCUGCACCGACUGGGGCCAGCUGUUUCUCAUUCAGGACAAGGGCCAGUCCACGCUCAUGGGCAGCUCCUACAUGAGCGCCCUGGAGGUCGGAGGCCUGGUGGGCAGCCUGGCAGCCGGUUAUUUCUCUGACAAAGCAGUCGCCAAACAAGGGUUGAGAAUCUACGGGAACCCUCGCCAUUUCCUCUUGAUCUCCAUGAUGGCUGGGAUGUACGUGUCCAUGUACCUGUUCAGAGUCACCGUCACUCCUGACAGCUCCAAGGUGUGGAUCCUGAUUCUGGGGGCUGUUUUCGGUUUCUCUUCUUACGGACCGGUAGCGCUGUUUGGAGUCAUAGCGAUCGAGAGUGCCCCAUCCAACUUCUCUGGAACAUCGCACGCCAUCGUCGCCCUGAUGGCCAACGUUGGUGGCUUCCUCUCUGGGUUUCCCUUCAGCACCAUAGCCAAGCACUACAGCUGGGAAACGGCCUUCUGGGUCGCAGAGGUCAUCAGUCUGAUCAGCACCGUUGGAUUCUUCCUGCUGCGCAACAUCCAGACUAGGAUGGGACGCGUGGCCAAGAAGGCCGACUAACAUCAACCUACUUCAGCCCGUAUCCUGAGGAAUACGUGUUUUUUUUUUUUUGUUUUUUAGUACCUCAGUAUUUUAAAUGACUGCACAAGCAGGAUUUCCCUCUGGAGACGCCUCAGAAGAAAUCCUGUUUAUAAAUGUUAUAGCAACUAAUUAUUAAUGCAAAUUUAAAUUUUGUCUUGUAACUUUUUUAUGUAUAGUUCUUAUAAUUUAAUGCAAAAACCUGAUCAAGCAACACAUGCAAUAAACCACGCACAAUACAUUUCCACACACUUUAAUCUGUCAAAUAUUUACAAAAAAAAUGUAUUUACAUCACCAAAAAGAACAAGCAAAUGCACUUUUCCCAGGAUCUUUCUCCUCUUAUCCGGUCUAAGAACCAGCUCCAAAGUUCCCAGCUUUCUCUGCAACCUCCAGAGCACUUUUCAGGUUCUGAUCAAAGAGUUCACACCUGCCAACAGAAACAGCAGCAGUGAGGAUGGAACUGUGAAGUGAACGGAGAAGUGAAGAACACUGCUGUUAGUUACCGGAUUGGCAUUUCCAGGGAGUAGAACGGGUUCUUCAAAGCAAAAUCGGAGUAGAGCUCGUAAAUCUUCCUCAGUAACGCAUCGAUGCCCGACUGACGAGGAUCAGCCAAAACUAUAAACUUUAUUCCUGGGGGAACAAAGAUGAAACGACAGAAUUGUAUUUUGAGUAGAUUAAAACCAAAAUGUGCCAUAGAGUUUAAAACACAUUUAUAUGAUAGUUUUGUGUUGUGUUGUUCAUAUAAAUGUGUCUGUGAGUUUCUAGCACAAUCAUUCGUGGAAGAGAAAAACAAGACACUAACCUAGACAGAAGGGACAAUAAAACUUUCUAAACAUGUGA